UAUGGCAAUCAUCGCCCAACAAUUUUGGGUUUCUUGUGACGGAUCUUCCAAACCCACGUCAAUAACAAAGAAACAAAGUUGUUUCUUUGUUAUUAUCUCCUUUCUUUCUCCAUAUAUCCAUCAAGUAACAGAGAGAGAGGAGGAGGAGAGGAGAAAUGACAGUCAUUGCUGGAGCUGCUUGUUCUUCAACUGUGUUAUUUGGAAGCCGAGAAGGAGGAGCGACUAGGCCUUCUCUUGCUCAGUACAAUGGGCUUAAAGCAGGGGAGAACAUGCAAAUGGGUUCAGGAGGGGCUAGGGCAAGUGGGUUUGUUUCUACUACAGCUCCAAAAUGCAGAACAAUAAGGGCAAUGGCUUCCCCAACUGUCUCUGCACCAAAGAGAGAAAAAGAUCCCAAGAAAAGAGUUGUUAUUACUGGCAUGGGUCUAGUUUCAGUUUUUGGCAAUGACAUUGACACGUUUUACAACAAACUCCUCGAGGGAGAGAGUGGGAUCAGUCUAAUCAAUAGAUUUGAUGCUUCUGAUUUCUCAGUCCGUUUUGGUGGUCAGAUCCAUAAUUUUUCUACCAAAGGUUACAUUGAUGGGAAGAACGAUCGCCGUCUUGAUGAUUGCUGGAGAUACUGCUUGGUUGCUGGCAGAAGAGCCCUAGAGGAUGCCAACCUGGGCACUGAAGUCCUUGAAAAAAUGGACAGGACAAAAAUUGGAGUGUUGGUGGGAACAGGCAUGGGGGGCUUAACAGCUUUUAGCAAUGGAGUUGAAGCUCUUAUACAAAAGGGACACAAGAAGAUAACUCCAUUCUUUAUCCCUUAUUCCAUAACCAAUAUGGGGUCAGCAUUGUUAGCUAUAGACACUGGCUUAAUGGGACCAAAUUACUCCAUUUCAACUGCUUGUGCAACUGCAAACUAUUGCUUCUAUGCAGCUGCUAAUCACAUCAGAAGAGGCGAAGCAGAUAUCAUGGUGGCUGGCGGGACUGAGGCAGCCAUUAUACCUACAGGUGUUGGUGGUUUUAUAGCUUGCCGGGCUUUGUCGCAAAGAAAUGACGAACCCCAGAAAGCUUCAAGACCUUGGGACAAAAGUCGUGAUGGUUUUGUCAUGGGAGAAGGCUCUGGUGUGCUGAUUAUGGAGAGCUUGGAGCAUGCAAUGAAGAGAGGCGCCACCAUAAUCGCUGAGUAUUUGGGUGGAGCCAUUACUUGUGACGCUCAUCAUAUGACUGAUCCUCGAUCAGAUGGUCUUGGAGUUUCCUCUUGCAUUACCAAGAGCUUAGAAGAUGCUAAAGUUUCCCCUGAAGAGGUGAACUACAUUAAUGCACAUGCAACGUCAACAUUGGCAGGGGAUUUAGCAGAGGUCAGUGCAGUCAAGAAGGUCUUCAAGGACACAUCUGAGAUAAAGAUGAAUGGGACUAAGUCGCUGAUUGGACAUGGGCUUGGGGCUGCUGGUGGAUUGGAAGCCAUAGCAACUAUAAAAGCAAUCAACACUGGCUGGCUGCAUCCAACUAUCAACCAAGAGAACUUGGAGCCGGCUGUUACGAUCGAUACUGUUCCCAACGUGAAGAAGAAGCAUGAAGUUAAUGUUGCUAUAUCUAACUCCUUCGGCUUCGGAGGGCACAACUCAGUGGUGGUUUUUGCUCCUUUCACACCCUAAACAACACUCACUCAAGGCAUGCAUGACAUCUUUUUUCUCCUUCAUUUGUUUUUCCCCUUACGAAAAUCAUUGAUUUCGGGCAGCAACAUUGCUUAUUAGACAGGAUGACAGAGAUAAAUUAAUUCUCAGAAUUAUUUUCUUGAAUUUUCUCAUUUACUCUCAUCAGUUUGAUGAGAGCGAAUUCAAUGUUAUCUAAUUACUAAAUAAACAGUUCUCCCAUAAUAAAAGCGUUGCAGUCAAGUCAUUUUGAACCAGAGAAUGUGCUUCUCUACCUAUUUAUCUUU